CGACCAUCACACGCCGGAACCCGGCGGUGUAUCUCACGCGCUCUUACUUAACGUCUCCAUCGUCACGAACUAUGUGAUACGAGAAAAAGGGGAGAGAUAAAAUUGUGGGUCCUAUUGUCUCUCACUCUCUCUAGAUUUCACCGUCUCUGGCGUUUCCAUCUCCAGGGUUUCUCGGCUUUUCGGGUUUCCCAGAGAAAAUCUCAAAAAGAGAGAUUCUCAGUAACCAAACAGCUUUCUUCUUCUUCCUCUUCUUCUUCUGAGCCCUUCUCCUCAGAUUCAGCUUGAGUUUUGUCCGUUGCUUCUGCCAUCUCUCUUCUCCUUUAUUCUCUCUCUCUCUCUCUAAAAAGCUUAUGACCAGAAUCUGGUUUCGGUAAGCUUUCUUUGUCCGAAGCCGAGAAAAAAGCACAUAGAUUCUGAAGCUAUGACCUGAUUUGGCAACGCCCUCCUGGCUUUUGAUGGAUUCAAUGUGUUGAAGAACGGUGGUGCUCUGGUCAAUUCUAGGGUUUUCUUCUUUCUCUCUGCUGUGUAGUGAUUGAGCUGUAGGCAUGGAGAGAGGUGAAGGUGAAAGCUGGAGAGAAAUGGUGAGAAAGAUGCUUCCUCCGGGAGCUCCUCUACCGGAAAAUCCAGCCGAGUUCGAUUACUCCAUAGCCAUUGAAUACAGCGGUCCUCCGGUUCAGUACGAGGUUCCUAAGGUUCCGCCGCUCGAUGUAAUUCCCCGCGAGAUUCCGACAGCUGAGAAUCUGUCUGAAUCACAGAGGUCGGCCAUGGAUCCGAUCCCUUUACCGGUCUCUCGUAUAGUCGGAGUCACGAGCUCGCCUGGUCAGAGCCCGAGGGUUUCAGCAAGCUCGGAGUCAGUGGUAUCUGUGUUACAGAACCGUGAAUCUUCGUCCGGUUCAGCUUCUGCCUCACCCGGGUCUGUUCAUAAUCCUCCUGCACGAAACGGGAACGAGACUAGGAGACCGCCUGUCGUGAAAUUCAAGACGGAUGAUGACAGAAUCGAAGGGACAGAAGACGAGGAUGCGGGUCACGAGAGGGAGAGACAGGUCUAUCCCGAGCACGUUCCAUUCCCGAGAGAGAAGAGAUGGAGAAAGAAGAGAGAAUGCUACAGAUGUGGGAAAGGGAAAUGGGAAGGGAAGGAGGCAUGUAUUGUUUGCGAUGCUCGGUACUGCGGGAACUGCGUGCUUAGGGCAAUGGGGUCGAUGCCCGAGGGACGGAAGUGCGUAACUUGCAUCGGUCAACCGAUCGACGAAUGGAAACGGACUAAAUUGGGGAAGCAUUCUAGGGUUUUGUCUCGGCUGCUUAGUCCUUUGGAAGUGAAACAGAUAAUGAAGGCCGAGAAGGAGUGUUCGGCUAACCAGUUACGACCCGAGCAGCUGAUUGUGAAUGGGUAUCCAUUGAAGCCAGAAGAGAUGGCUGAAUUGCUCGGUUGUCCUUUGCCGCCUCAGAAGUUGAAGCCCGGUAGAUAUUGGUACGACAAGGAAUCCGGUCUCUGGGGCAAGGAAGGAGAGAAACCCGACAGAAUCAUAAGCUCGAAUUUGAAUUUCACCGGGAAACUGAGUCCGCAUGCAAGCAAUGGAAACACCGAAGUAUACAUCAACGGCAGGGAGAUCACGAAACUCGAACUCAGGAUUCUGAAGUUAGCGAAUGUGCAAUGCCCGCGAGAUACGCAUUUCUGGGUAUAUGAUGAUGGGAGGUACGAGGAAGAAGGUCAGAAUAAUAUCCGCGGAAACAUUUGGGAGAAGGCUUCGACAAGAUUUGUUUGUGCAUUGUUCUCGUUACCCGUCCCUCACGGCCAACCUCGUGGAACGGUACAACCACCGAGCACUUACACUACGAUUCCGAACUAUCUAGAGCACAAGAAGAUUCAGAAGCUUCUACUUCUCGGCAACGAAGGGUCGGGAACUAGUACCAUUUUCAAACAGGCAAAGUUUUUGUACGGAAACAAAUUCUCGCUGGAAGAGCUGCAGGAUAUAAAGCUGAUGAUACAGAGCAAUAUGUAUAGAUAUCUCAGUAUCUUGCUCGAUGGUCGGGAACGGUUUGAAGAGGAAGCUUUAUCGAAGGCGAAAGCAGCAAAUUCCGACGAGGGUGAUUCCCAAGGUGAGGAAACGCAGUGUAUAUAUACCCUGAACCCGAGGUUGAAACAUUUCUCGGAUUGGCUUCUCGAUAUCAUUGCCACGGGCGAUCUCGAUGCUUUUUUUCCCGCGGCAACUCGGGAAUAUGCUCCGCUGGUCGAAGAAGUUUGGAAGGAUCCCGCGAUCCAAGCGACUUACCGACGAAAGAAUGAGCUUCAUUUCCUGCCUGAUGUUGCCGAGUACUUCUUGAGUCGGGCUGUGGAGGUAUCGAGCAACGAAUACGAGCCAUCGGAGCGCGAUAUUCUAUACGCAGAAGGUGUUACCCAAGGAAAUGGAUUAGCUUUCAUGGAGUUCUCUCUCAACGACCGGAGUCCGAUGUCGGAAACUUACACCGAGAAUCCCGACCCUCAAUCUCAGCCUCAUCCGAAGUAUCAGCUGAUCAGGGUAAAUGCGAAAGGGAUGAACGAAGGCUGCAAGUGGGUGGAAAUGUUCGAAGACGUACGGGCCGUCAUCUUCUGCGUGGCUCUAAGCGACUACGACCAAAUCUGCCUCUCCUCCGAAAACGGAAACGGAAUCGGAAUCCAGAACAAGAUGAUGCAGAGCAAGGAGCUGUUCGAGACAAUGGUGAAGCAUCCGUGUUUCAAGGACACGCCCUUCAUACUCAUCCUGAACAAGUACGAUCUGUUCGAGGAGAAGGUGAACCGGGUGCCGUUGCCAACGUGCGAGUGGUUCGGCGAGUUCUGUCCGGUCAGGACAAACAACAACGCCCAGUCUCUCGCCCAGCAGGCUUACUUCUACGUCGCCAUGAAAUUCAAGCUCCUUUACGCGGCCAUGACCGGGCAGAAGCUGUUCGUGUGGCAGUCGCGGGCAAGGGAUCGAGUGAACACGGACGAAGCGUUCAAGUACGUGAGGGAGGUUUUGAAAUGGGAUGAGGAGAAGGAAGAGAAUUACUUCGGCGGAGGGGAAGACUCGUUUUACAGUACGGACGUGAGCUCGUCGCCGUACGUUCCGCCGGAGUAAUUUCCCCGCACGUGAAAAACCUGCGUUUUUUUUUUCAGAUGUUCGGUGAGAUUCAGACAUGUUCUUAGGUUUGUACCUGUAGUUGUUGCAUGAAGACAUUGUACCAUUUCCUCCAAAAUCAUGUCGUAAUUGGUAAAUUCUACGUGCAGUGGAAGAA